AUGAGCGCUGACGAACCCCGCCAUGUGCCUAAUGAGGCGCCACUUGACGUUGAAGUUGUCGGAGACUCAGAUGUCGAGGCCGGAGAGGAUUCUAAGCUCAUGAAACUGUACUCGCACCCUUGGACGCAGAUCAUUCUCAUCAGCUUCAUCUGCUUCUGUCUCCCGGGAAUGUACAACGCCCUCACAGGUCUUGGCGGUUCCGGUCAAGUCGACUCGACCGUCGCGGCCAACGCGACUGUCGCCCUCCUCUCCACCACGGCUGUGGCGGCGUUGUUCUUCGUCGGUCCGAUCCUCGCACUGGUCGGUCCGAAGAUCGCUUUCCUCAUCGGCGGCUGGACGUACGCUCUCUAUAGCGGGAGUCUUCUUAACUUCAACCACAAUGCAAACGGCCCCUUUGUCAUCGCCGCCGGCGCGAUCCUUGGCAUCGGCUCCUCCUUCAUCUGGAUCGUCCAGGGCGCCAUCAUGACGACAUACGUCCACGAAUCGCAAAAGGGGCGCGCCAUCGCCGUCUUCUGGAUCAUCUUCAACCUCGGCGGCGGCGUCGGCUCCCUCGCGGCCUUUGGCCUCAACUUUUCCUCCACCACGGGCACCGUCAACGACGCAACCUACAUCGCCCUCAUGGCCAUCAUGCUUUUCGGCUGGGCGCUGGGCAUCUUCAUCUGUUCGCCGAAGCGCAUCCGCCUCGCCCAGCUGCACGCUGCCACCGAGACCGAAAACCACUCGAUGCGCGGCCUGCUGGACAUGACGGUUGCAACGCUCUGCAACUGGCGCGUUGCCUGCAUGCUGCCGCUCUUCUUCUGCGCCAACGUCUUCUACUCGUACCAACAGAACAACGUCAACGGCAUGACCUUCAACAUCCGCACCCGCUCCCUCAACGGCGCGCUGUACUGGAUGGCCCAGAUGUUUGGCGGCCUCCUCAUCGGCCUGCUCCUAGACCUGCCCAUGCUCGAGCGGCCCGGCCGCGCCCGCCUCGGCUGGGUCCUCCUCUUCGUUACCGGAAUGGUCACUUGGGGCGGCGGCUACCAGUUCCAGAAGUGGCAGGAUGCCCGCCACGCGCAGGGCCUCAUUCAGGACGUCGACUACACCCAGGGGUCCAUCUCGACGGGGCCCAUCUUCCUGUACAUCUUCUACGGCGCCUACGACUCGCUGUGGCAGUCGUACUGCUACUGGCUCAUGGGCACCCAGUCCAACUCGACGGGCCGGGCGGCCGUGCUCGUCGGCGCCUACAAGGCCUUCCAGGCGGCAGGCGGCGCCAUGGCCUGGAGGAUCAACGCCCAGCACACGAGCGCCAUGACGCAGCUCGCCAUGAACUGGGGGCUGAGCAUCGGCUCGUUGGUUCUCGCGCUGCCGACGGUAUUAGCGGUGACCAAGAGCACCAGCGUCACGGAGGAGGCUGGCGCCGAGGCGCCCAGUGAGAAGACCGAGGAGAAGAUGGUCGAGGACUCAUAG